UUCUCGGGUCCCACCCCAGACCUACUGAAUCAGAAAACUGUGUUUUAACAAGCCCUCCAGGGGAUGCUGAUGGUAAAGUUUGAGAACCACUGCUCUAAGACAAAGGAGUCUUGGUGGUGCAAGUGGUUUGCAAUAGGCUGCUGACUCAAAGCUUGGUGGUUUGAAUUCACCCAGUGACUCAGCAGAAGAAAGAGCUGGCAAUCUGCGUUUGUAAAGAUCACAACCAAGAAAACCCUAUGGAGCAGUUCUACUCUGUAACACAUGGGGCGCCAGAAGUUGGCAGCUGACUCGAAGACAGCUCACAACAACAGGCUCUAAGAUGUCAAGGCUUUCUGCCUCAGGACCUUUCUAUCUGCUGUCGCUUCUGCCUCUAACACUCUUCAAAAACUCCUUCACAUCCCUCAGAUUUCUGCUUAUCAUGGAGUAUUUCUCUGACUGCCCUUUGUUAAAUAGCAACCCUUCCUCACCUGGGUACCCUUUAUCCCCCUUUACCACUCUCAGUGUUUUUCUAUUGCAUAAAUCACCACCUGACACGCUCUACCUGUAUUAGCUUGUUUGUUUGUCUGCCCACCCCCAUCUCCCAAUCAAGAAUGUCGUCUCCCUGAGGGCUUGUUUGGUUUCCUGCUAUAUCCUCAGCAUCUAGAACAAUGUCUAGGACAUAUUACAAACAAAAACCAAACCAGUUGCCGUGGAGCGAUCCUGACUCAGGGCGACAUACUAGGCACAAAGUAGGUAGGUGCUAGAUAAAGGAAUUGGGUGGUGAAGAGAUUGGGACUUGGACAUUUCACUGGAUAUAUUCUACUUUGAGUAUAUGCUUCCUCUGUUGCAUCCACCCACUUUUGACCCUCUCCAUGCUACCAGCUAUUGGGUCCAAAGUCUGAGUGGGCUCGUUCAAAACCCCCCUAAGCCACAGGCUAGGGGUUAGAAAAAUGCAUACUUUUGUUCAUAGGAAGCCUAAAUGAAAGUGUGGGUGGACCAGCACAUAUUACUCUUACUGACAGUGGUACAGUGGUGUCAUUGCUGAGUUUGUUGUGCUGUUACCAUACAGGGUCUCUAUGUGUCAGAAUCAACUCGAUGGUGGUGAGUUAGAUUAGUUUUUAGUUACCAUAUAAAUAAGCUAGGGUUAUGGAGGUCAAGCAAAGCUAGGAAAUGUGUGGAUAUGGAAAGGGGAUGAUGCAGAGACAGGCUUAGUCUGAAACGUGUCACCUCCUACCUAAUUCCCCCUUGGUGUCAUUUGCAGAGACCUAGCCCUGCUCCUGAAUGAACCACUGUUGUUAGGCAGUUCCCCAUAGGGUUUUCUUAGCUGUAAUCUUUAUGGAAGCAGAUUGCCAGGUCUUUCUCCUGUGUAGCCACUGGGUGGGUUUAAAGCCCCAACGCUUAACCGUUUACGCCACCAGGGCCCCUUGAGUGAACAUACCGAAAAACCAAGCCCGCUGCCAUUGAGUUGAUUCCAACUCAUAGCACAAAGUAGAACUGCCCCAUAGGUUAUCCAAGGAAUGGCUGGUGGAUUCGAACUGCUGACCUUUUGAUUGGCAGCCGAAAUCUUAACCACUGCUAAAUACGGCCUUUGUAACCAUAUUAGCCUAUAGCGAUCAUUCUCUGGCUUGGCCUCCACACCUGUAAAGAGGGACUGUCCUCAUAAUGAACCGUAAUCUAUUGAUCUUGUCUGAAGCAGUUUGUGUUUUACAGGGUGACUGCUAGUCACAUAAGGGCUGUGAUAAGUGUCAUUCUUUUAAAUGCUUAGGAAGCUUUCCCACAAGGAACUUCCUUUUUAAGGAUCUUAUUUUUAGAAACAGUGUGAAGCUAGAAUUGAGCAACACCAGCAGUGGUAGAGUACACUCUGCUAGUCUCCUGACAGGAGAUGUUUGGAAGUGCAGCUUUAAACGGAUCUGUCUACAUUCACCUGAUCCUCCUUAUUACAAGGCAUCACUUUGAGCUUGGCUUUGGCGGGUACCGUUAUCUUUUCAAGGGACAGAGCAAAACCUAUCCAUUUACUUAGGGAUGAGAAGCAGGAUGGUACAAUAACAGAAACGGCCCUGACAGGAGUCAGGAGUUCUAGUACUGGGUGGGCCAUUGACCACUUAGCACAUCACUUACUGUCUUUGGACUCUGUUUCUUUCCCUGGAGUAUAAGAGGUUUGGAGUCUGUGAUCAGUAAGAUCCCUUUUAUUCUCUUAUUCUAAGACUCUUGGACAAUGCUCCUUGUUCCAAAAAUGAAAACAAUGUAUGCGUUGAUAUGUGGCACUUGUGAGCUGUUUUUUAGAGGGAAUUUUUGUAUUAUUUCAAAAAGAGUUUCAUACAUAAAAAUUAAUACUUAAAGAUUGAUAAUGACAAAGAUUAAUUUUAUUAUAAGAGGUGUCUUUUAGCAAUGCUCAUUCAGAUAUUCUUUUUAUUAAAUCCACAUUUAGAUGCAGGCCUGGACCUCUUUCAGGGAGAUAUCUUUCUGCGGAACUCCAGAAAUGCCGUGAGAGACCCAACCACCAGGUGGAAGUUCCCCGUUCCUUACAUUCUGGCGGAUAACUUGGACCUGAAUGCUAAAGGAGCCAUUCUCUAUAGCUUUGAAAUGUUCCGCCUCAAGUCUUGUGUGGAUUUCAAGCCCUAUGAAGGCGAGAGCUCCUAUAUCAUAUUUCAGAAGUUUGGUGGAUGCUGGUCAGAGGUUGGUGACACGCAUGUGGGACAGAAUCUUUCCAUUGGCCAGGGGUGUGACGAUAAGGCCAUCAUUGAACAUGAGAUCCUGCAUGCUCUGGGAUUUUACCACGAGCAGUCAAGGACUGACCGAGACGAUUAUGUGACCAUCUGGUGGGAUGAAAUUAUUUCAGGUUACGAGCACAACUUUAACACCUAUGAUGACAGCGUCAUCACAGACCUCAACACGCCCUAUGAUUACGAAUCUUUGAUGCACUACGCACCUUUCUCAUUUAACAAGAAUGAUAGUGUCCCUACCAUCACGGCCAAAAUCCCUGAGUUUAAUUCCAUCAUUGGGCAGCGCCUGGAUUUCAGCGCCAUUGAUUUAGAAAGGCUGAACCGGAUGUACAAUUGCACAACAACUCACACCCUUCUGGACCACUGUGCUUUUGAGAAGGCAAACAUCUGUGGCAUGAUUCAGGGCACCAUAGACGAUGCUGACUGGGUUCAUGAGAACAGUGUGUGGCCUGGGCAAGUGGAUCACACCUUGGUGGGACGCUGCACAGGUGCUGGCUACUUCAUGCACUUCAGCACCAGCUCAGGGUCAGCAGAAGAGGCAGCCCUGCUGGAGUCUCGGAUUCUUUACCCAAAGAGGAAGCAGCAGUGCUUGCAGUUUUUCUACAAAAUGACGGGAAGCCCUUCAGACCGACUCGUCCUCUGGGUCAGGAGGGACGACAGCACGGGCAGUGUUCGCAAGCUCGUCAAGGUGAAGACCUUCCAAGGAGAUUUUGAUCAAAAUUGGAAAAUUGCUCAUGUGACACUCAGAGAGGAAAAGAAGUUCCGCUACCUUUUUCAGGGCACAAAAGGUGACCCCCAGAACUCCACUGGGGGAAUUUACCUUGAUGACAUCACUCUGACAGAAAUGCCAUGCCCCACAGGGGUUUGGACAAUACGGAACUUCUCCCAGGUUCUUGAGAACACAGUAAAAGGAGACAAGCUUCUGAGCCCUCGGUUCUAUAAUUCAGAGGGAUACGGUUUUGGGUUGACCUUAUACCCCCAUGGCAGAAUAACCUCCACUAUCUCUGGCUACAUCAGACUUGCUUUUCACUUGUGCAGUGGAGAGAAUGAUGCUAUCCUGGAGUGGCCAGUUGUAAACAGACAGGCGAUAAUAACAAUUCUCGACCAGGAGCCUGAUGCUAGGAAUAGGAUGUCCUCCAGCAGGGUGUUCACUACCUCCACGUCCCAGACAUCUCCAGCAAAAAAUGACUCUGUCAUCUGGGACAGACCAUCUGUGAUGGGCUCCUACGAUCAGGACUGUGGCUGUUUCAGAACUGUCGACUGGGGUUGGAAUAAUUUCAUCUCGCAUCAAAUGCUAAAAAGGAGGAGCUUCCUGAAAAAUGAUGACCUCAUCAUUUUUGUGGACUUUGAAGAUAUCACCCACCUCAGCAAGACUGAAGUUCCCACUAUAAACACAAGGCUGGUCCCCCAAGACCUCAUUCUCCAAGGUCAGGAGCAGCAGGCCUCAGAGGAAGCCACAGGGAAGGCCUUGGUAGAGGAAGCCCUACCCAGCAGCCUGGGCCAGGGGCCACCCAGCCGACAGAAGCGGUCAGUGGAGAACAUGAGCCCCAUGGAGGACCACAACGGGCCACAGUACUUCAGAGACCCAUGUGACCCCAACCCUUGCCAAAAUGAUGGCACAUGUGUGAACAUGAAGGGGAUGGCAAGCUGCAGGUGCGUCUCUGGACUCGCCUUCUUCUAUACGGGGGAGCGCUGCCAGGCCAUGCAAGUGCACAGCAGCAUCCUGGGACUGAUGAUCGGAGGCACGGCCAGCGCAAUCUUCUUGACCUUCAUUAUCCUCUCCAUCCUUUCCCAAGGGUCAAGGCAGUGACCUGCCUGACAAUGUUAGCCAGGUUGCAGGAGCGUCUCCUCCCUCAGACCUUCCCUUCCUAUGGUCAGUGCAUUCUGGGGCGGUUUUUAUAAGCUUGCUUUGAUUAGGCCCUCUGAGGACCAGAGUUUUGAACUGGCUCAUUCUGGUUCAACUCCCUGCUGAGAAUUUGCACCUCCGCUCCCCAGAUAUACUGAACCAGAAUCUAUAGUUUAACAAGACCCCCAGGUGAUUCUUAGGUACCUCAAUGUGAUUCUUGUCUAUAUAUAAGAAUCACCUGGAGAAUCUUGUUAAAAUGUAGAUUCUAAUUCAGUAUAUUAGGGGAUGGAAAUGCAAAUUCUCAGUAGGGGAUCCCAGUUCAAAGCCCUGCCAAGGACCAAUGCAUCUAGCCUCAUGUGUGAUCAAUAGUCUUUCUGCCCUGCCCUCAACCUCACAUGGUUCUGUUACCCUGUUAUGUGCUCCUAAAGCAUCUAAUGUGUCCUGGGACAGCACUCAUCACACUUACUAGUAAAUUGCUUGUUUAAUUGAAUGUCAUUCCCAAGACUGUAAGCUCCAGGUGGGCAGGGACAUGUUAUCCUUAUUUGCCAUGUUUGCCCUGAUGCCUAGAACCAUGCCUGGCUGGCACAUUGUGGUCACCCAAUAAAUAUUGAAUGACUGUGUUCCUAAACUCUCAUUUCUACUGGAAAUUAAGAUAUAUAUGGAAAAAAAUCUAUAAGUUGGAUGUAUUAGAAUCAAAUACCUCUCUUCCACUGAGACACAGUGGUGUUAUUGAUCUUUUAAGAUCUUUUGU